CGGGAAGAGGUAGAUAGACCUCUGCGUCCGAUGCGCGUGCUCUCUCCCACCGGUGUUCUCUGCUUAGGGUCUGUGACUACUACUGAGAGUGAAGUGGUUAGCUUCAGGACUUAGGGUGAUCGGCGGCUGUCUCUUCUUUGACGAGACACUGUUCCACCUACCUGAAUAUCUUUUUGUUGUCUUGCUUGAGUUUGUGAUCGAGCCUUAUGUCUGUCUGUCCGUCUGGAUCCACACGCGCGCUUCUUCAUUGUGUUCGCGCUUGUUGAGUGAGACAGACUGGCGCAUUUUCUUAGUGUGGAUGACCAUAGCGCGAAUUUGAGCAGUGCGGGAUAUCCAGAGAUUUUAUUCUAGCGUGUGUUCAAGCGGUUAUUAUUGGUGCUGUUUGUGGACUUCCUUGUCGCCGAACCUUUUGGUGUUUUUUUUUCUCUCCAGGCAUAUCCAGCUUUUCUAUUGAGACGCUAUCAGGGACCAUGAGAGGCUCUCUCCACCAGGUUUUCCCCGCCCGCCUGGGAAACAGACAGAUGGACGUGCGAUUGUAGCUCCAGACGCCAGAGACAAAACGGUUGUCCUCUGCAGACGACGUCACUAACUCAGUGGUCACGUGGUACAGUUUUUCUCCCAGGAAUGUAGAGAGACAGAGGCGGGCACCUGCACCGUAGUUCCGGACUUCUGACGUCAACAUUGUGUGUGUGCGCGCGCGUGUGUGUUUGUGUGUUCGCGUGUUUCUAGUUUCCUCUUUCUCGCCGGAGUCUGAUUUGGAUAGUACAAGUACAAGGGCUGAGAAGUAUACAUCUCCAACAAUGUCGUGUUUCCUGUGCUGCAUAGACAAGGGCGAUAAGUCGCCUCAGAAGACGGAGGUGGUGAUGACAUUCAACGAGCCCGUUGAACCAUUGGACGCCAGUAACAGCAAUCUCACCACGCAAGACCGGAACCUGAUCAAAGACACAGGGGAGAUAAUGUUCAAUAAGAUGCACGUGGAGAACAAGGGAGUGGCAUUCCUUAUUGCGACAUGCUGACGAUGUUUGUGGAGUUUAUACGACAACAACUGGGGUCAAAGUUCACAAGUCAGCACGAGAUAGCAUGGCGUAAGUUCAUAGGUCACUUCCUGGCUGUCGUUGAGGAGGUCAACAGCCAAAACAGACUGCCACCCGGUCAAAGCCACGACCUUGAAAACAGUGACCUUACCAAGCGAGCUGAGAGUGACCCUAACGAGGACGACGAAGACGACGAUGAAGGAGAUGGACUUAAACAGAAGUCAGAGGUGAUGGGGCAGACCAAACAGAAUCGCGAGAAUCGGUUAUAGCAAGCAGCGUCGGGGUGUUCUCACCGCUGGGGAGAGAAGCCGUUUAUUAAGUGCCGGUGGUGUAGACUGUAUCG